UUAAGUCUAUUGUAUAUAAUUAUAAUAUAAUAUUAUUUUUUGCUUUUCUAUAACUUUUCUUUUGUUAAUUGUUGUGGGUUUCCCGGUUUUUAUCAUAAUACUUAUACAGUGUUAAAUUACUUUAUUAUAUUAAGAUUUAUAUUUAGAAAUCACACAAUUUCACAACAUUCAGUGACUAAUCUCCGAAAGCCAUCAGUUCUAUAAGGACAUGACCGUUUCCUUAUAAGUCUUUAACAAGUCGGAAGUAUCGAAGUUCAGGAAUCAUAUGUGAUGUCCGACGGCGACCCAUCCCUCGAAGAAGAUAUACCGCGGCCUUUACUAGAGAAAGUUGAGGAUAAUGUUUUUACGCCAAAGAUAGCGACUCCUAUUUAUGCAGGCAGCGUGAAGUUGCACCACAAGAGGUCGGACGCGGCGGAGACGGAGGCUUUCCUGACGGACUCGCAGCGCAAUGACCUCGCGCUCCAGCUCCUACUGCAGGAUGGAGAUGGAGACUUUAACCAAAAGGAGAAGGAAACGCAACAGAAGAUGGGUGACCUGCGCGCGAUGUCGGUGCUCAGCACCUACGGGGACAACAUGUCACAGGACAUGAACACCGACCGAGACAACGGUAGCGAAGCGUCCACCCGCGCCGCGGAAGACUGUGCGUGCGGCGAGCCCGCUCUGCCCGAGCCCGACGCGCCCGCCACUGGCAAUGGCAAACACGCUGCCAACCAUUGCUCCAUCGUGAUGGGUGGUAUACAGAACAACCCGUCCCUGACGUUCAACGACCACGUGCGGUCGGUGGACUUCGUGCUGGUGUGGGAGGCGGCUAAGGAGGACGCGCGCCCCGAGGCGUUCGAGCAGCGCCGCAUCUUCCAGCAGAACCUGGAGAAUGAGGGCCUGCAGCUGGAGUCUGAGGCGCCGGCCAACUUGCACGGCCUACAUUUCAUUAAGAUCCACGCGCCCCUUUCUGUGUUAAGGGAUUAUAGCGAAAUAUUAAAACUCCGAAUGCCAAUGAAGGAAUGCAGUAAGAUACGAAAAGGUGGGAAGACGAAUGCGAUACUGAAUGCUGCAAUGUAUAUGUCUAAGUUUUCAGCUCUGAAGGAUGUGUCGGAGAAGACAAAUAUCUUUGUAGACCGCAUAGAGGCGGGGUGGAACCGCGUCAUGUCAAAGAUUCGCGUGGACCCCGUCAAGUUCCCGGAGCGGAAGCACCGCCUCACCGCUAUAUACUCUAAGGACAAAGAAUAUCUUUUCGACACGUCGGCGGAGUGUUUCUGGACGCCGUCGAUCCGGUCGCGCAUCGUGCAGUUCAUCCUGGACCGCAAGCGCUUCUCGGAGGCCGAGAACGACGAGUUCGCCUUCGGCAUCACCAGGCUCAUCACCAACGGCACCUACAGCGCCGCCUAUCCGUUACACGAUGGUGACCUGAAGACGCCGGGAUCCAUGCGGCACCUGCUCUACACGGAAUGGGCGAGCGUCUCCAAAUGUCUCAAAUAUCAACCUUUAGAUUACGUAAAAGACUAUUUCGGUGUCAAAAUAGGGCUGUACUUCGCGUGGCUCGGCUUCUACACCAACAUGCUGAUCCCGGCAUCCCUCGUGGGACUCAUUUGCUUCAUAUACUCCGUUGCUACAGUGUUCCAAAACAGUCCGAGCGAGCAAGUGUGCAACUACACGUCGUCGGUGAAGAUGUGCCCGCAGUGCGACUACUACUGCGACUACUGGGACCUGCGCCACACGUGCCUGCAGGCAAGGAUCACCUACCUCUUCGAUAACCCUACCACUGUGUUUUUCGCCAUCUUCAUGAGUUUUUGGGGGGCGUGUUUCCUGGAGCUGUGGAAGCGCUACUCGGCGGAGAUGACGCACCGCUGGGACCUCACCGGCUUCGACGUGUACGAGGAGCACCCGCGCCCGCAGUACCUCGCGCGCCUCGCGCACGUCAAGCGCACGCAGCUGAACGUGGUGACGGGGCAGCGCGAGCCGAUGGUACCGUUCUGGCGCAUGCGGCUGCCCGCGACGCUGAUGUCGUUCAGCGUGGUGGCGCUGCUGGUGCUGCUGGCGCUGGCGGCCGUGCUGGGCGUGGUGCUCUACCGCAUGUCGCUGCUCGGCGCCAUCGCGCUGCGCCACCACGACAACGCGCUCAUCACGCACAACCCUAUCAUGUUCACCACCGCCACCGCCGCCUGCAUCAACUUGUUCCUUAUAUGCAUUUUUAAUUAUAUUUACCAAUGCCUGGCGGAGUGGCUGACGGAGAAGGAGCUGCUGCGCACGCAGACGGAGUUCGACGACUCGCUGACGCUCAAGAUCUACCUGCUGCAGUUCGUCAACUACUACGCGUCCAUCUUCUACAUCGCCUUCUUCAAGGGCAAGUUCAUCGGCCGCCCCGGCGCCUACAACCGCUUCUUCGAGCAGCGCCAGGAGGAGUGCUCGCCCGGCGGCUGCCUGCUGGAGCUGUCCAUCCAGCUGGCCAUCAUCAUGGUGGGCAAGCAGUUCAUCAACACCGUCGUGGAGAUGCUCAUGCCCUACCUGCUCAAGUGGUGGUACAUCAUCCGCACCAUCGGGAGGAGAAACCAAAUUAAAAGUCCAUUGCAGUGGGUGAAAGAUUUCAAACUAGUCGAUUUCGGUAACAUGGGUCUAUUUCCUGAAUAUUUAGAAAUGGUGUUGCAGUAUGGGUUCGUGACGAUCUUCGUGGCGGCGUUCCCGCUGGCGCCGCUGUUCGCGCUCAUCAACAACGUGCUGGAGAUGCGGCUGGACGCCAAGAAGUUCCUGUCGUGCUACCGGCGGCCCGUGCCGCAGCGCGUCAACGACAUCGGCGUCUGGUACCGCAUCCUCGACUCCAUCGGGAAACUCAGCAUCAUCACUAACGGUUUCAUAAUCGCGUUCACGUCGGACUUCAUCCCACGGCUCGUGUACCAGUUUGUAAACGGGGGAUCGCUGGAGAACUACGUGAAGCACACGCUGGCCGAGUUCAACGUCACCGUGCUCGAGCACGUGCCCGAGAACGCCCGGAACAGCUACAAUGAGUCUACGUGCAGUUUCCCCGGCUACUGGCACUCAGGCGACGACCACAACUACGAGCGCAGCAACCUCUACUGGCACAACAUGGGCGCCAGACUCGCCUUUGUCGUCGUUUUUGAGAACGUAGUGGCGCUGGUGAUGAUAAUAGUGCGGUGGGCGAUCCCGGACAUGUCGGGCGACCUGCGCGACCGCAUCCGGCGCGAGGCCUACGUCAUCAACAGCUUCAUCCUCGAGGAGACGCGCGCGCGCUCGCUGCCGGGGCGCGCCUCCGCCGCGCCCGCGCCCGCGCCCGCGCCCGAGCUCGCGCCCGGCGACGCCUGCGCCAAGCCCCCAGAUGAGGGCGAGCCGACGUGGAACCACCUGCUGUCCUCCUCGCUGUCCGGCUCGGACUUCGACCUGGCGGCGCACGGCGACCACCACGCGCUGCGCACCAUCACGCAGGCGCCGCCCGCCGACCACCCUCCGCCCGCCCACGUCUAGUCCACCAACCACACAGGAUAGCGUAACGACUCACUGGAGGCCGUUUAUUAUCUUUUUACGGUCAACUCCACUGAGCUAGAACAUAGAUUUGACAUACAAGCGGUCGCCACGUCAAGCACGAGGACAUGCUGACCGUGCUACAACAACUGACAAGUGCAAAACGUGUAGUAAUCCUAACCGAAGCUAAAAAAUACGUGUUUGUUAUUUUUGGAGGACAGUUUUGUACCUUUCCUUGUAAGGUAUAUUUAUGAAUAACUGGAAUUUAACACACAGCGAGGCACGUCUCGAGGCAAUGUCUUGGCGCGGCAAACUGCUAAUGCAGUCAUGCCUCAGCCUAAUUUGACGUUCUAAUUUGACGUCUAAUUUGACGUUCGACGCGCGAGCAACUUGCGCGAGCAACUCUGCCUAUGAAGUAGAAUCAUAAGUUAGUACACUUUUCUACUACCACUACUUAUAAUCAUUUACAUCAUGAUGCAACUAGAGGCUGAUUCAACAACUACUCAGUAAUUUUGGCCAUCCGUUACACACAAUGUACUUGUCGUUUCUCGUUUCUUAUUUAACUGCCCUAGGUUGUAACAUAAUAUCUAUAGUAUCUGUCGAUGACGAAAAGCAAUUAGCAAUACCAGAAUCUCGAAACAAAAAUAACUAAACAUAUUCGCAUUAGCGUUAUUAUUUGUAAAUAUACCUUCGUUUUCUAUUUGUGUAGUUUAUCAAAGUCAUGUAAUGUAAUGUUAAUGAAAAUAUGAAUUUAUUAUUUAUUUUCGCCAAAGAAAUGCAUAUAACGAGGCAUAAGAGUUUGAUACCUAUUAACUUUAGUAUCUUUAUAAAAGAACCCAAACAUAUAACUUGAGUCUCGAAAUGUUUUCUCUCUUAGUCUUGCUCGAAGCGGAGGAUAUAAUAUAUGUAAUACAUAAUUAUGUUAUAUUGUUGUAUAUUAUUGUCUUUAUAUUGUACAAAUCAAGCCUUGUGUAUGUAUGUAUUAACCCGUCGUCUGUUUCUGUCAAAAAAUUGUCAUAAAAUAAUUAAUGUUGAUAUAUUUUUUUAAAGUCCAACGCCUUAUGUUAGGAUCCUUAUCAAACACAGACGAAGGUUAAUCAUAAUUUUGAAUAUUGGUGCAAUUAUAGACUGUAUCGCAUUUAUACUCUUGUUGUGAUCCGUGGUAGUUAUGUUCCUGAAUGCUAAUCCAAUGUCGAGGCCAAUAAUAACGGUAAUCAAGAGAUUUUAGACAAAUGUCGUAGACUAUUGAACCACUGAAUGUGAUAAAGUGGCAUAUCACGAGCGAGGCCGCCUUCGUUUACAACAGCUUAUGUUGGUUUACUUUCUGUAUAAUUACUAAGGUGAACCAUAAAAGCACCCAAACCUAUACACCCUUGUUAUUAUUUUGUACCUAUGCACAAAAUUGAAACAAAGACUAAAAUGAAUCUCAAUGGUUUUGAAGUAUCUAUUUACAAUUUAUAAUGCAGAUAAUAGAUUAUACAUAAUGUUAUAUUAGUUACUUAAUUACUAGUUUAUCACGAAUUACGUGAUAUACAUAUGUAGCAUGGAUUUAUGCGUUAUUUCUUGACGUGAACUAUAGGCACCACAAGGCUAGUAAUGCAUAGUAUAUUACAAAGUAACCGGUGGCAGAUUUCUGUUUUUAACUUAGAAUAAAAAAAUAACGGCUUAAGCUAGAAACUUUAGUAAUAUCUGAAAACAGAUAACAAAUACGGAUUUAUUUAUUUAAAAAUACACACUCCUCGAAACGGAGCCUCGUGUUUUAUAUCAUUCGCCGCAGCAUAUCCUGCCUAGUUUUGCUGAUUUCAUUAGCGAUGUUUAUUUUAAAACAUCUAUAGAUCGUGGGUUGCCAUUAUUAUAAACUCUGCUUUUGAGAUACCCCCAUAGAGAAAAAUCCAUAAGGGUUAAAUCAGGCGAUCUCGGCGGCCACGGCGGCGGCUCGGAUUUCUCCAAAGCGGCUUAUCAAUUUUCCAGGGAAAUACUCGCGAAGAACAUUCAUUGACACUGGCCGGGUGGGGUGUAGCACCAUCCUACUGAAACCAGGUGUGUGAUGAGUAAGACGGAUAGUCUUGCAAAUUAGGCAAAAAGUAAUCCACUAUUAUCUGUCUGUAGUUGUCACUAUUCACAUUAACUAUCUGAUCCUUUGCAUUUUCAAAAAAAAUACGGCCCAAUAAUUCCAUUUCACGGAUAAGGCACACCAAACUAACUCUGGCACAAUGUAAAGGCCUUUUGUGUUUUCACCGGGGAUUAGACGAUCGCGGGGCCCAGUAGCGACAAUUUGGCUUGUUCACAUGACCACUCAUGUGAAAAUGGGCCUUGUCACUUACACAACGAAUAUUGAAAUGUAAACAAAAUUAUUAUUAAUAACUAACCAAUCAUUCGCUUUAAAAAAUGCUUCAAUUGCAUAAGAACGGUGGUGUUCUGACCACUGAGACAUGUUGAAAACAAAAUCCGCAAUAUUCAGCAAUGCAUUCCCAAAUGUUAGAAACAAAGUUUUUUUAAAAUUUUACAAUUGAAAAUGGA